AAAAUAAAUUAUUUGUAUGUUAUUAUUGAAGGGUAUGAUUUAAUAUUAUUUGAAAGUAAUAAAAAAUUCUUGAGAAGGUUACGUGGCGUGAUGAAGCAACACCUGUCAAGACAUGGUAUUGUUGGUAUUCGGAAAAUGCCACGUAAUUCUGUUUGGAGCAUUAAGAAGAGGCCUGCCGGGGAUACAGCGGAUGAAGAUUAUGAGGAAACCAUGGCAAAGAGCAAGGAUGACAUUAAGUACGCAACAGCACAGGCGAAGUUAUCAGAAGAUGAAAGCUUAAGGGUAAGAUACAAGCACGGCACCCCAUUGGAAGGAGGUAAGAUUGCGGAUUCUGAACCAGUUGAUCUCUUCUCUAGCGCCCACAACAUCGCCAAGGCCAAGGCCUCCUCAGAUGAUGCAUCUAAUCCGUCUCAUCCUCAAGGACCUCAACCCAAAACCGAAACAGGCUCCACCAAUCCUGACCCUUCCACCGGUUGAGACUUUCAUGCUUCUUCUCUCCUGUGGUUGAACUUUGAGAUUAGUUGUUUAUCUAUCCCAAGUUCCUUUUGAUUAAACAAGUAUGACACAACAGCUACUGCUAGUAACAGUAAUAAUAGUCAGUAUCCAAU